AUGCGGGCUGUCCUGCGGGCUGUCCUGCUGGCUCUGGUCUCAGUGCCUAGGACCCAGGCAGUGUGGCUGGGGAGGCUGGACCCUAAGCCGCUUCUGGGGUCCUGGUAUGUUCUUGCCGUGGCCUCAGGUGAGAAGGGCUUUGCGUUGGAGAAGGCCACGAAGAACGUCGAGGGCGUCAUGGUGACCCUUACUCCAGAAAACAACCUGAAAAUGUUGUCCUCCAGGCACAGGCUGGAGAGGUGUUACGUGAACGUGGUGGAGCUGCUGAGACAGAGCUCUGGAUGGGUGUUUGAGAACCCCUCCCUGGGAGUGUUGGACUACCGCGUGCUGGGCACCAACUUCAGGGACUACGCCAUUGUGUUCACGCAGCUGGAGUUCAAGGACGAGGCGUUCAACACCGUGGAGCUGUAUAGCCGGACGGAGCUGGCCAGCCAGGAGGCCCUGCGCCUCUUUGCUAGGUGGAGCAAGGGCCUGGGCUUCCUGUCUCAGCAGCAGGCCACGCUGCUGCCGGACCUCACCUGUGCGCACAAGGCUUUCCAGUGAAUGCAUCGACCUCCAGGUGGGACUGUGCCCGCCGAGUCCUGUGAGGCUGGCCAGGCGCUGGCCUCCUUGCUCAGCCGCCUGGGAGCUUGGUGUGGGGCGGGCUGCUCUCAGGACUCACGGCAGUUCCAAAUAAAACGAUCCCACAAGGCCCUACAGAUGCCUCUCACCUGUGUGCCGAGGGCGGACGGCAAUGUCAGACGGGGCGCUGCCCUCUCGGGGCUCCGGUCGGUGCAGGGGGAGGAGGUGGGCGUGGGGCUCACCGAGGGCUGGGCCAUACAGCCCAGAACCAGCUCUG